AUUUACGGUAUCUUUUUAAAAAAAAGAGUGUAAUUUGGUUAUAUUUUUGAGCGUGCGGUCACACUGGUCACUCAGCGCACGUUGGCAAAAUCGCCGCAAAUCAUUUCUUGAAACGAAAGCCAUGGGAAAGAAAUUGCAGAGAAGUGACGUUUGCCGAGUGCCGGAAAAUAUUAAUUUCCCGGCCGAAGAGGAGAAUGUACUUCAGAAAUGGCGUGAAGAGAAGAUCUUCGAAAAGUGCAGCCAGCUGUCAAAGGGAAAGCCAAAGUACACGUUUUACGAUGGCCCACCUUUUGCCACCGGUUUGCCUCACUACGGGCAUAUUCUAGCCGGCACAAUAAAGGACAUUGUAACACGCUACGCCUACCAGCAGGGAUACCAUGUGGAUCGGCGCUUCGGCUGGGAUUGCCAUGGCCUGCCUGUGGAGUUUGAGAUUGACAAGCUGUUGAACAUCCGCGGGCCUGAGGAUGUGGCCAAAAUGGGCAUAGCUGCCUACAAUGCCGAGUGUCGGAAGAUUGUCAUGAGGUAUGCGGAUGAGUGGGAGAACGUUGUCACUCGGGUGGGUCGGUGGAUAGACUUCAAGAACGAUUACAAGACUUUGUAUCCUUGGUAUAUGGAGUCCAUUUGGUGGAUAUUCAAGCAGCUGUUCGACAAAGGUAUGGUGUAUCAGGGAGUUAAGGUCAUGCCUUAUUCGACUGCCUGCACAACGUCACUGUCUAAUUUCGAGGCGAAUCAGAACUACAAGGAGGUCGUGGAUCCUUGUGUUGUCAUAGCUUUGGAGGCAUUGACACUGCCAAACACUUUCUUCCUGGUGUGGACCACAACGCCCUGGACGCUGCCGUCGAAUUUUGCGUGUUGUGUACAUCCCACGAUGACCUAUGUGAAGGUACGCGAUGUCAAGAGCGAUCGGGUGUUUAUUCUUGCGGAGUCACGUCUGUCCUAUGUCUACAAAACGGAGACAGAGUACGAAGUGAAGGAUAAGUUUGCUGGCAAAACUCUCAAGGAUCUGCACUACAAGCCGCUGUUUCCGUACUUUACGAAGCGUGGUGCCGAGGUGAAGGCCUACCGCGUGCUGGUCGAUGAAUAUGUCACGGAGGAUUCAGGUACAGGCAUUGUACACAAUGCUCCCUACUUCGGCGAGGACGAUUACCGCGUCUGCUUGGCAGCCGGAAUCAUCACAAAGUCAAGCGCGGUGAUUUGCCCUGUCGACGAUGCGGGACGGUUCACGAAAGAGGCCAGCGAUUUUGAGGGCCAAUAUGUUAAAGAUGCCGACAAGCAGAUCAUGGCCCAUUUGAAGGCGAGCGGCAAUCUGGUGUCCAGUGGUCAGGUGAAGCAUAGCUACCCCUUCUGCUGGCGGUCAGACACUCCGCUGAUUUACAAGGCCGUGCCCUCGUGGUUUGUGCGUGUCGAACACAUGUCCAAAAAUUUGCUGGACUGCAGCUCUCAGACCUAUUGGGUGCCUGACUUUGUGAAAGAGAAACGAUUCGGAAACUGGCUCAAGGAUGCCAGAGAUUGGGCUAUAUCCCGUAAUCGUUACUGGGGUACUCCAAUUCCCAUAUGGCGUUCGCCCAAUGGAGAUGAGACUGUGGUAAUUGGCAGCAUCAAACAAUUAGCGGAACUUUCCGGCGUUCUUGUUGAGGAUCUGCACCGUGAGACCAUUGACAAUAUUGAGAUACCUUCAGCUAUUCCCGGAAACCCUCCACUGCGUCGGAUUGCUCCCGUUUUCGACUGUUGGUUCGAGUCCGGAUCGAUGCCGUUUGCUCAGCAGCAUUUUCCGUUCGAGAACGAAAAGGACUUUAUGAACAACUUUCCUGCUGACUUCAUAGCAGAGGGCAUUGAUCAGACCCGCGGAUGGUUCUAUACGCUCCUUGUGAUCUCGACGGCGCUCUUCAAUAAGGCGCCGUUCAAGAACCUCAUCGCAAGCGGAUUGGUGCUGGCAGCCGAUGGUCAAAAGAUGUCCAAGCGCAAGAAGAACUAUCCCGAUCCCAUGGAGGUCGUCCACAAGUAUGGAGCCGAUGCUCUGCGCCUGUACCUUAUUAAUUCCCCGGUGGUGCGAGCCGAGAGUCUGCGCUUUAAGGAGGAGGGUGUGCGGGACGUCAUCAAGGAUGUGUUUCUUCCGUGGUACAAUGCCUACCGUUUCCUACUGCAAAACAUCGUUCGUUACGAGAAGGAGGACUUGGCGGGCAAGGGCCAGUACACCUAUCAACGCGAUCGUCACUUGAAAAACAUGGAUCAGGCUUCAGUUAUCGAUGUGUGGAUAUUGUCGUUCAAGGAAUCUCUUCUAGAGUUCUUUGCCACCGAAAUGAAGAUGUAUCGACUGUACACAGUCGUGCCCCGACUCACGAAAUUCAUUGAUCAACUGACCAACUGGUAUGUUCGUCUCAAUCGUCGACGCAUCAAGGGAGAGCUUGGAGCAGAACAGUGUAUCCAGUCGCUCGACACGCUUUAUGAUGUUCUAUACACUAUGGUUAAAAUGAUGGCCCCUUUUACGCCUUACCUCACGGAGUAUAUAUUCCAACGGUUGGCCUUGUUCCAGCCACCUUGCUCCUUGGAGCAUGGUGAUUCAGUGCACUUUCAAAUGAUGCCCGUUAGUCAGAAGAAAUUCAUUCGGAAUGACAUCGAGCGCUCUGUAGCCUUGAUGCAGUCGGUUGUGGAGCUGGGACGCGUUAUGCGUGAUCGACGCACUCUGCCAGUUAAGUAUCCUGUUUCGGAGAUAAUCGUGAUUCACAAAGACGAGCAAACCCUGGCGGCUGUCAAGAGUCUUCAAGACUUUAUUCUCAGCGAACUGAACGUUCGAAAACUGACAUUAAGCUCUGACAAAGAGAAGUAUGGAGUAACUUUAAGAGCCGAGCCCGAUCACAAGACGCUCGGCCAGCGACUUAAAGGCAACUUCAAGUCUGUAAUGGCUGCUAUCAAGGCGCUUAAGGAUGAUGAUAUUCAGAAGCAAGUUGCUCAGGGGUACUUCAACAUUUUGGAUCAGCGCAUAGAGCUGGAGGAAGUUCGGAUAAUUUACUGCACGUCCGAGCACGUGGGAGGCAACUUUGAAGCCCAUAGCGACAAUGAGGUUUUGGUCCUCUUGGACAUGACGCCCAACGAAGAGCUACUUGAAGAAGGCUUAGCACGCGAAGUCAUCAACCGAGUACAAAAGCUGAAGAAGAAAGCUCAACUGAUACCGACCGAUCCCGUUCUUAUCUAUCAUGAGCUUACUGCCAACGGCAAGAAGGAAACCUUGGAGGCUGAAACUCAGCUAAAGAAGGUUUUGGCAAACUAUGCAUCCAUGAUCCAGACUGCCGUCAAAUCCGAAUUCGCACCGUAUUCAGCUAAUCAGGCAGCUAAAAAACGCCUUAUCGCUACUGAGCUAGUGGACCUGAAGGGGGUUCCUUUGAAGCUGACUAUUUGCUCCACUGAAGAGCUGCAGUUGCCUAGUCUGGCUUGGUUGAACGUAACCUUGGCCGAGGAUGUGAAGCCACGCUUCGGAAAAAGCAAUAAGGCGUCUCUGUUGCUUCAGCAUAAUGUUACUAAGAAGCUCAUUACCUUGUCUAUGUUACGAAAUGAGUUAGAGCUGUUAUUCGGCCUAUACGGAGUCAAUUACAACAUAUAUGUUAUCGAUCAGCAGAAGAAUGUCAGUGAGCUGAAGUCCAUAGACAAAGGCCUUAGCGGAAAUCUUUUGGUUCUAGCCCGAAGUGCGAACACGCUCCAGACGACAUCAGGAUAUGAAGUGGCCGCAGCCCCGUACUCAAAAUUUGUUAACCAGCCAUCAGGCAGUACCGCAUUCACGGAGAAUCCUACAGGACAUGCUCUAGUUUAAAUGAGUUGCUUUUGUUUGUAGUACUCUAUUGUAAUCGAACAUGAGGUCGGUUAGCGACACACGUGCCUCAAUAAACACAGUAAAAAGAUUUUUAUAGUCGA